AUGAUUUGGUCUUGCCUCUCUUACUACGAACUGAACAAUUUAGUAAUAAUGUAUGGGAAACAGGAUUCUGCAAAGUACUGUGAACUACUUAAGGACGAUUUGCUACCUUUUGCGGCAGUGACGCAUGGUGAGAAUUGGACAUAUCAGCAAGAUAACGCCGCUAUACAUCGUUCUUUUUAUCCCAAGAAAUGGUUUACGGACAAUGGCGUUGCUGUUUUACCGUGUCCUUCGCGUUCACCAGACCUCAAUCCCAUCGAAAAUCUAUGGGGGAUCUUAGCAAGGAGUGUGUAUGGAAAUGGGAGGCAGUAUCAGGAUACUGUAGAGCUGUUUGAGGCUAUUGUCGAUUGCUGGCAGAAUAUCGACCACAGUACUCUUGAGAAUCUCGUUGGAUCGAUGCAGAGGCGUUGCAUUGCUGUUUUGCAGAAGAAUGGCGGCCGCAUGACUUAUUGA